AAGGGUUAACCCCCCCGGGCAGCGCAGGUAGGCUGAGCCUGCGGGGCGCGGGGCGGUGCCUGGCUGCCCACCGCCCUAUAAAGCCCCGCGCUCCGGCCCCACUCGCGCCUUAGGAUGCACAUGGUGGCGGCGGUGCCGGCGGGGGACACCGCAGCCGCGCGCGGUCCUUAACCCGUCGGGUCCGGGGGGGGCACGGGGACCCCCCUCCGUCAGCGAGCUGCCCCCCGGCAGCGCCGGGGCUGUGGCAUGCGGCGGGGCUGAAGGCGGCGGUGCCGGCGGUGCUGCGCGCUGCUCGCCAUGUCCUUCGCCAUGCUGCGCCCCGCGCCCGGCCGUUACCUGUAUCCCGAGAUCAGCAUGCUGUCGGAGGACGAGGAGAACGGCAGCGAGAGCUCGGGCUCCGACGAGAAGCCCUUCCACCUGGACGCCGACGGCUUCGGCAUCAAAGCCGGCAAGAGGAGGAGCGGCAAGAAGCCCGGCCGGCUGCACCGCGAGCCCCGGCAGCGGCACACGGCCAACGCGCGGGAGCGAGACCGCACCAACAGCGUCAACACCGCCUUCACGGCGCUGCGCACGCUCAUCCCCACCGAGCCGGCCGAUAGGAAGCUCUCCAAGAUCGAGACGCUGCGCCUGGCCUCCAGCUACAUCUCGCACCUGGGCAACGUGCUGCUGGUGGGCGAGGCGUGCGGCGACGGGCAGCCCUGCCACACCAGCCCGGCCUUCUUCCACCACGGCGGCGGCGGCAGCCCCCCGCCCCGCGACUCCGAGAACUCCCAGCCCAAACAGAUCUGCACUUUCUGCCUCAGCAACCAGAGGAAGCUGAGUAAAGACCGCGACAGGAAGACGGCGAUCCGGAGCUAGGCGCUCCCGGGAAGGACGGCACGGAGGAGCGGAAGGACGGACGGACGGAAAAGCCAGACAGACCGAACCGCGGCCACGGACACGCUCCCGCCUUCACCCCGCUGCCGGGGACGGCCGAGCGGCGUCACCCCGCAGGACCCUGCCCCUAUGGGGCCGUGGGGCGGCCGUGGGGCCGGGCCGUGGGGACGCCCCGCUGGGACUGAGCCACGCUGGGGACGCUGCCGCCGGGACCGACCGCUGCCCGUGCUGUCCCCUCCAGCUUUGAGCCACGCCAUCCCCUGAACUGAGGCCUGGGGUGCUGCCAUUUGUUGAGUUUAAUCAAUACAUGCUGGUGUUUCAUGUCAUUGAUACGAUAAUAUAAAGCCCGAGCAGCUCGUAUAAUUAAAAAUGAGUACGGUUCAGAGCGAAGGCAGAAGCCUCCUUCCUUCCAGCCCAGCGCGCCCCUGGUUUCGCAGCGCCAGGAGCUCCGUGCCGUGCCGGAGCCGGCUGCAGCAGCAGGUAAAGGCAGCACUUGGUGAGGACCAGAUGCUGCAGCUGGGCCGGGUUUCCUGGGGAAAUCAAUUACACGUGCGGCUCAGCGAGCCCGGCGCCCGGUGCUCCCCCCGGCGCGGCUUGCUCGGCAGCCCCGUGGGCUGCACGGCAAUGAAAAGCCGGGGUGCUUGCAAAAUGGGGAUGGGGGCGGUGGGGGAUGGGGCACGGUGCGUGGAAGAGCCCCGGGGGUCUGCCGGGUGCUGGAUACUCAGCAGAAGGAGCACGGCCACCGCCCGUCGUCGUGUGCACGGAGCAGUGCCCACGGGGAACGCAGAUCAGGAAAGGCCAGGUCAGCGCUGGUGAGCAGCUGCUGCACGGAGGAGCCCAGCAAUGGCACCCGGAGCUGCAACACGUGGCAGCUCCCAUCUUGGGUCCGUGCCGCAUCUUCUGUCUUAGGUCUGCAGGGCAUCCCCUCUCCUGCAGCAUCUCCCGUGUCAGGACCGUGUCGUAUCUCCGGUCCUGGGACGGCGCAGCAUCUCCCGCCUCGGGACUUGGUGCCGUCUCCCAUCUAGGGAUUGUGCAGCAUCUCCCACUGUGAGUCCACACGGCAUUUCCUAUCUCCUGCACCAUCUCCCACCUUGGGACAACAUGGAAUCUCCCAUCUCGGGCCAUCGUGCCAUC